AUGAUUAGACCCUCGUCCCCGGAACUCCCUCUAUCAGGAAUUUCUCAAAAGGACCUCGUCUCUUUCUUCGUUCUCGCAUUCACCACAGGAGUCGCAGCAGGUCAAACCAGCAAUAUGUCGAACGAAGAAACUCGUACUGCACCGUAUUCGUUGAAUGUGGUCAUCGUGGGCGGCGGCGUUGCCGGACUCUCAACGGCAUUCUGCCUCGGGAAAGCUGGCCAUAAGAUCACUCUCGUUGAAGGUGCUGAGCUCCUCGGAGAGAUAGGAGCUGGGAUUCAAGUCGCACCGAACAUGUCACGUCUUCUCAUUCGAUGGGGCCUUCAAGAUCGCUUGACUGAAUUGGGUGUAAAGCCCCUUUCCGCGUCUUUUCGUCGAUAUGAGAACGAUGAACAAGUCGGAUUCAACAUCAUCGGCAAGCGAUUCGAGCAAGAUCAUCGUUCUCCGUACUAUCACCUUCACAGGGCCGACCUCGUUGAGAUGAUUUACGAAAUAGCGAAACCUUUUCUCACAGUCAAGCACGCGAAAGUUACCUCCGUCUCGCCUGGGCCAUCGGCUUCAGUUAUUCUCGAAUCCGGAGAAGUCAUUGAGGCUGAUCUGGUUAUUGGAGCUGACGGAAUAAAGAGCGUCGUACGAAAGGCUAUCGUCGAGGGACCCGAUCGUCCAGUUCCUACUGGCGAUGUCGCUUAUCGGGCCUUGAUCCCGACAGACAAGUUGCUUGAAGACCCGGAACUGCGCUCGCUCGUCGAAAAUCCGCAAGUCACUUGUUGGAUGGGGCCUGGACGGCACAUCGUCGGGUACUGCGUAAGAGGGCGGAAACAGUAUAAUCUAGUUAUGAUUCGCCCUGACGUAGAGUCAGAAGAAUCUUGGGUCGCUACUGCGGACAGCAAAGAGGUCAGAGAGACGUAUGAAGGAUGGAAUAGUCGGGUCACUAAGUUACUGGGUUUCAUCCAAGUCGCUUUGAAAUCCAAGUUGGUUGUGCGCCCGCCCUUGGACACAUGGAUUGAUCCAAGCGGAAGAAUUGCCCUUCUCGGCGACUCUUGCCAUUCUAUGUUGCCUUAUCUCGCCCAAGGAGCUGCGAUGGCGAUCGAGGAUGCAGCUGUUCUCGGCAAUAUCUUCUCCCAAAUCUCUCAUGCGUCUCAGAUCGGCUCGUUCCUGAAGGGAUACCAGGAUUUGCGACUCCCUCGAGCUACCGGCACCCAGAAGGCGUCUCAGGCUAACCAGCUGCGUUUCCACCUUCCGGAUGGCCCGGGCCAGCAGGCUCGAGAUGCGGCGAUGAAAGAAGCUAUGAAAGAAACACUGCUGGAAGAGUCAGCCACCGGCUCCGGUGGUGCACAAUCGGGCAACCGUAGCGUCGUAGUGGAUCACAACAAACAGCUCGCGAGCUUGCAAUUCGACUACGAUGCGGACGCAGCGGUAAAGAAGUGGCGCGAAAACGAGGGGAUGAUCUAUUAG